UUGACACCUAGCCUGGUUUGCGGCGUCCUGCGUUGCAUACGCGCCAUUGGCGGCUGCGUCUGCACGCAUCUCGACCGUCUCGUACUGCUGCGCACGCGCGCGACAACUUCCGCCGCCGCUGACACGCCUGGGAGAGCAGGCUCUCUUGCCAGCGAGCACGCCACCGACGCGGCGCAGCGCGCAAAGCGAUAAGCGUCCUCCGAGGCAGUAGUGCGAGUCAAGACAGCAAGCGACAGUCCAGCGAUGCGACGAAUCCGUGACGCCGCGCGGCGCCUCGCGCGGCCGCGGCGUGCGCUCGGCACGCACUCGCGCGGCUGGUACCAGCGCUACGCCGCGCGCGGCCCGGAGGGCUUCCUCCGGCCCAGCCCCGGCGGCGAAAGUUUCGACUGGGACGCACCCGAGGCAAAAACUCGUUCCCGGUGCUUCCUCGAGGUCAGCGUCGACGGCCAGCGAGCGGGACGGCUCGUCGUCGAGCUGCUGGACGAGCUCCUCCCGGAGACGAGCGAGAACUUUCGCCUCCUGUGCUCCGGCGACGCGCCGAGCGGGGCGUCGUACGCCCAAUCGACGUUCGCGCGCCGGGUCGUGAAGGGCGUGGGCCUCCUCGGCGGCGCCCUCCCGGACGCGCCCGGCGGCUCGCGCAGCGCGUUCGCGGACCGGCCGCUCUUCGCGGACGAGGGCUUCUUCGUGCCGCACGCGGAGCCCGGGCUGCUGACGAUGGCGAGUUCCGGCGUCGACGGCAACGGGUCGCAGUUUUAUGUUACUAUCGAACCGGCGCCGCACCUCGACGGGCGAUGCGUCGCAUUCGGUCGGCUCGUCGAGGGCCUCGACGUGGUCCGCCACCUGCACGACUCGCUCUACACGCAGCGCGGCGUGCCAGUGGAGAAAGUUGUCGUGGAGGCGUGCGGAGUCGUCGAUGGGUAGGUUUAUUUUCUGUUA